UACACAUACGAUUUUUGGUACACAUAUAUACACUAUAUAUGCAUGCAAUACGGACGCAUGCUGCAUGCAUACAGCAAGUGACAUAUUAACGCAGCAGGACUAAAAGUGUUGUAACUGAAGACAAUAUUCAGGAAACAGUUAUAAACCCCCAAAAGCUGCCAGCUAGAUACACUUUUUUUAUAGUCACAAAGGGACGAAUGCAGAGAUGUUCUCGGUUAAUGGAUUGACCGUCCAAGUUCAGCAACUGCUAGGACCUCUGCCCCAUCUUGCAUCCAUCUUGAACUCGGUCAAGACCACCUCGUGGGAUCCUAGUGCUGCAGCAUGUGCCCUCAGACACAGUCGACAACAACGGAGGAAGCAGGCAAGUCAUCAGAACAAUGCAACCGAGAUGGAACUACUGGAAAGUCUACACAAUGUUGGUUUAAAUGUGAAAGAGCUUGGUGCAGCACAUCUCCCUGAUUCAUGGUCAGACAGUAUUCUACCAAAGAUCCCUGCUAGGCAGAGUGAUGAUAGAACAUGGAAAGCAUCGCAUAUAUCAUCACAAUCCUUCUUUGAAAAUAAAAAUGGGUUCCCAGAAGACUUGUUACGCAUUCAAAAUGCGCCAUCAAUCUUCAGCCACAGUCAUCCACAUGUCAAGUACAGGUUAAGCAUGCAGAGUGGAUCACUGACAGGUUUCCAGCAGAGCAGAGGGUUCAAGACAAAGAGAUCAGGAACGGCUCGUAAGCUUGCAACAAGUGGACGAGGUGAAGAUGAAUCUGUUGGGGUGUUAUCAGGCUUCAUACAGAGAGUGACAUCAAAAGAUCAAUCUAAGCUGAGUGACAAGUUAGAGACCGCUCUUGCCUCUAAUGAGUCUAAUGUCGCUGAUUCGGACUCCUUCAAGAUGGGUUUUGUAGAAGGCUUCCUCAAGGGUAAAGAUGAACCCAAGAAGUCAGAUCGGCUCAAGAACUGGACCACAGUUCUUAUCAUUGGUGUGCUUGUCUAUCUCUACUUCAAGAUGGUAUCUGUAUUUGCUCGUGUAUCCAUCAUGGGACCAGCAAAUGUAGACAGCAUGAAUGUGAAGGAUGUUAGCUUUGAUGACGUCAGAGGGGUUGACGAAGCAAAGAAUGAACUUCAAGACAUUGUGAAUUACCUAAUGGACCCUGAUAAAUACACAAUACUUGGUGGCAGACUGCCAAAAGGUGUAAUGCUUGUAGGAUCACCAGGUACAGGGAAGACGCUGCUAGCCAGAGCCGUGGCUGGGGAAGCUAGUGUACCAUUCUUUUAUGCCUCGGGAUCGGACUUUGACAACAUGUUUGUUGGUUCUGGUGCUAAGAGAGUUAGAGAUAUCUUUGCUGAGGCCAAAGCGAGUGCUCCAUGUGUUGUCUUCAUUGAUGAGUUAGAUUCCGUAGGAGGUAAGCGUGUGGAUUCUCCGCUACAUCCUUAUGCCCGUCAGACUAUCAACCAGCUACUGGCAGAGAUGGAUGGAUUCAAAAAGAAUGAGGGGAUUGUGGUCCUUGCUGCCACCAACUUUCCAGAAUCACUAGAUCCGGCUUUGACAAGACCAGGUAGAUUUGAUAUGAAAGUUAUGGUCCCUAAACCAGAUGUCAAAGGUCGGACAGAUAUCCUGAAGCUGUACCUAUCUAAGGUUACUCGAAGUGAUGAAGUGGAUUUGGAUGUACUGGCAAGAGGAACUAUUGGGUUCACAGGAGCUGAUAUUGAGAAUCUAGUCAACCAGGCUGCCCUGCAAGCAGCUCGACUUGGCAAAGACGCUAUAGAUAUGCAAGAUCUGGAGUAUUCUAAGGAUAAAAUACUCAUGGGGCCAGAGAGGAAGAGUGCUCAGGUUGAUGAUAAGAGUAAAGAGAUAACAGCAUACCAUGAGAGUGGUCAUGCCCUCGUUGCAUACUACACUAAAGGAGCUAAGAAUAUAAAUAAAGCUACCAUAAUGCCAAGAGGACCAAGCCUGGGCCAUGUGUCUCUCCUGCCUGAUAAAGAUCAAUGGAAUGAGACUAAGACCCAAUUGAUGGCCCAGAUGGAUAUCUGUAUGGGAGGAAGAGUAGCUGAAGAGAUUAUCUUUGGUAUGGAGAACAUCACCACUGGGGCCUCUAGUGACUUUGAGCAGGCAACACGUAUCGCCAGACUCAUGGUCACCAAGUGUGGUAUGAGUGAGAAGCUUGGAGUGAUGACAUACAAUGAUGCAGAUGAGAUGAGUAUGGGUGUCGGACAGAAGCCUAGUCCUGAGACACAGUCGUUGAUCGAGGGAGAAAUCAGAACACUUCUUAAGGAAUCCUAUGAGCGAGCUAGGUCUCUAUUGAAGACUCAUUCUAAGGAACAUCGGCAACUUGCAGAGGCCUUACUGAGAUAUGAGACAUUAAAUGCUGAUGAGAUCGGAGAGAUCAUCCAGGGCAGACAGGUCAGGAUAUGAACCUUGACCCAUGACCCCUAUUAACCCUUAAAAUCCUCAGCACCAGCCUGACACCUGGGACCAAUUCCAUAAAGCUUUUAUGCAGAAAAUGCUGCUUAGCCAACUUCUUUGCUAGGCAACAAAUGAGUGGGGCAUGAACUAAAACAACGUGAACUCAAACGGAAUUUUGGUCGGUAGUCAAUUUCUGGUAAGCAAAAUUUGUCUGUGCUUAGCAAGUUUGAAUGCUUACAGGCUUUAGAAAUUGGGCCCUGGAGAUAAGCUCAUCUUCAAGAUGUUAUUAAGACCUGAACUGUAACCUGUGACACCAUCACCUUGCGACUGUCUUCACGCCGGAGUCGUCGACAAACUCAAGAUGGAUUUGUAGGUUCUGGAUAUAUGUGUGAAUGGCACUACAUGUAAAGAUGUAUAUUGUGUGCUAUUUUUACUUGUAUUUUCUGAUUUUAGUUUGCACGCUUUAUUUUAUCUUUUAAAUUCUAAAGGAACAUACUUUUACUUUGUCAGAGGAAAAAACAAAACUGUAGUAUUGAUUAGAAACAAUAAGGUAUUAGGAAAUAAUUCAGAGGGAAAUAGAAUAUUAUCAGAUGAUUUGUCUCCCCAGGUGAAAUCCUUUUUAGUCAAUGUUUUGUUCAUGUGAAUCUGUAUUUAUAGUUGAGGAAAGAGCAAUGUAUAAACUUUAGAUUGGAAAGAGUCUGAAAAACUUGACAAGUAUCGUGACCUCAAUCCUGAGUACCUUAUGUUCGAUGAUCAAACUUGAUCAUGGCUUUUUCAUAGAUAAAAGUGUUGGCUAUAAUUAUAUUAAAAAAAGGUUAAUGGCAUGACAUUUUGACCCUAGCAUAUUCUUGAAGGCUAAAAUUAUAUUAGGAAGUAAACAUGAUAUUCUUCUGUUUUAAUACUAUCCAAAACUAUUGUAAAAAAUGAUUUAUGUAUUUUGUGUUUAAUAUUAUUAUCUUAGUGUUGAUUCUGUCUUUCUCUAAAGGGAUGACUUUCUAGAACGUCCUAUCCUCAAAAUGUCAAGGAUUUUCAUUUUUCAUCUUCCCCAGAAAGGAAAACCAUCACAUUUUUCUCAAAAGACUGGUCCAGGAAUCCACUUCCAUUUAACUUACCAAAGUAAAGUCUGCCAAAGAAAAGGUCAUUAUUAUUCUUUCUUACAAAUGUAAUCCCAAAAGUAAUGACCACACUAAAAGUAAUGGAUCAUAUCUGAGCCAAUUUCAUAAAGCCUGUAAGCACAAAAAUUUGCUAAGCAUAGAACAAUUUUGCUCAGCAGAACAAGGUUACCAGUCACUGCUUGAAAGUUUGAAUGUGACUGGUGCCCAACUCAUUAUUUGCUCAGAAAAGGAGACUGCUCAGCAGUAUUUUCGGUCUAACAGCUGGAAUUGGGUCCUGGGCUCAAGAGCUGCUUAAACAGGAAAUUGUGCUUAAUUAUUCUUUGCUAAGCCAAAAUUAAAAGGAAACCUGUUAAAGAUACUGGUCGUAUAUGUAACUUUAGCAUCGAGAAUGCUAAUUUUUCCACAUGUGAAAAAAAAGUGGUAACCAUAUUCUGGUAAGCAUAGUUGUUCUGUGCUUAGCUACUUGUUGUGCUAACACAGCUCUGUGACAAUCUGCCCCGUACAUCACUUGUGACAAACAGUUUAUUAAAAAUCAUGUGCUAUUUAUGGGCAAGUUAUGGUUUAUUACUGGAGUCAGUUGAUCUAAAAUGAAUGUUUCAAUUACGGGCAAAAAAAAUUGUUUUUUUAUAUAUAAAUAGUCUGUCAAUAUUUAGAAAUUUAAAUGUUGGGGUUGGAUAAUUGUAAAGGUCUUUACCAGCAUGAUUGAAUUAGUAAUAUACAUCAGUAGCUUAAAGGCAGUGGAUACUAUUGGUAAUUACUCAAUAAUUAGCAGCAUUAAACCUUACUUGAUAACGAGUAAU